AUCAAAACAUGUUCGUGGUUUUAGCUUUUUCUAUUUGCUGCUCUGCUCGUAGAAUCCGGUCGGACGGUAUCUUCAGCCCCCUCGAUUCCUUCCGCUCCCUGCUUCCACUUCCAAUUCCAAUUCCAAUUCUAGGGUUUCUGCACCCUUCCUGAUUCAGCCGCUCUUCCGUUAAUUUCCGUUGCGAAGAGAGAGUUGCUUAAUUUACUGCCCUGAGAUUAUUUACUCAGCAUAGUGAUUGCGAAAUUCGGGAGUUGAUUUUCCCGCGGGUUGUUAUGGAGUCGGCGGUUCGAGAAUCCAGUGGGGGUGUAAGCCCGGUGCUGAUUCCGAUGCUGUUCGUUUGGCCCUGCGGAGGCACGAGCGUAUUUAUGAGUGGUUCGUUUAAUAGGUGGUCUCAGCUGUUGCCAAUGUCUCCAGUCGAGGGUUGCCCAAUGGUGUUUCAGACAAUAUGCAGCAUUCCGCCUGGAUGCCACCAGUACAAGUUCUUUGUAGAUGGAGAAUGGCGACAUGACGAACACCAACCUUACAUGACAAGUGAGUUUGGGAUAGUCAACACUAUCUUCUUGACCUCAGAGCGCAAUUCUUUUUCCGGAGUUCCUGCUCCAAAUGUGCCGCCUCCACCUAUGGAUGUGGACAAUAACGAGGCCUCUGUGCAUUUGCCACAAGUCUCUGGAAGCACAUUUACUGAGGCUGCAGGAACAAUCUUGGAGGCUGAUAUAAUAGCAUCCCGUCUCAGAGUUUCUGCUUUCUUGUCUGCUCACACAGCUUAUGAGUUACUUCCAGAGUCAGGCAAGGUGGUAGCUUUGGACAUCAAUUUGCCUGUGAAGCAAGCGUUUCAUAUACUAUAUGAGCAGGGAAUCAGUAUGGUUCCUCUUUGGAACGGGGCGCAGUUUGUUGGAGUUUUAAGUGCAAUGGAUUUCAUUCUUAUUUUAAAAGAGCUCACAAACCGAGGAUCAAACCUUGCAGAAGAGGAGCUUGAAACACACACCAUAUCUGCAUGGAAAGAGGGGAAAGCGUAUUUGAAGAGGCAAGUUGAUGAGCAAGGCAGAGCGUUCUCUAAACCCCUAGUACAUGUGGGGCCAGAUGAUAAUUUAAAAGAUGUUGCCUUAAAAAUCUUGCAGAAUAAUGUGGCCUCAGUUCCAGUUCUCCACUCACCAUCAAAUGAUGGUUCAUUCCAGCAGUUACUACAUAUGGCUUCUCUUUCGGGGAUUCUUAAAUGUAUUUGCAGAUACUUUAGGAGUUGCUCAAGUUCAUUGCCCGUGCUCCAGCUACCAAUCUGCACGAUUCCAAUUGGCACUUGGGUCCCAAAGAUCGGGGAAUCUAAUCGACGGCCUCUAGCAAUGAUGAGACCUAAUGCUUCACUUAGUUCUGCAUUGAAUUUGUUAAUUGAAGCUCAAGUUAGUUCAAUACCAGUAGUUGAUGAAAACGACUCAUUGUUGGACAUAUAUUCCCGGAGUGACAUUACAGCUUUGGCAAAGGACAAAUCCUAUACACGCAUCAGCUUGAAUGAGAUGACUGUUCAUCAGGCGUUGCAGUUGGGACAAGAUUCCUACUGUUCAUUUGAACUGAGCCGAAGAUGUCAAAUGUGUCUGAAGUCUGAUUCUCUACAUAAAGUUAUCGAGAGAUUGGCCAACCCAGGUGUCAGGCGGCUUAUAGUAGUCGAGGCAGGCAGUAAGCGGGUCGAAGGGAUCAUUUCAUUGAGCGAUGUAUUUAAAUUCUUGCUAAGUUAGUCGGGAUCCAUGAGCCAGAAACAAUACGGAGGGAGAAAUUCCAUGCAUGGGAGAGAACUUCAGUACAUACAAAACUCAAGAAGCUCAAUCGCUUCUCUUCAGAAUUGGAAGGCCGAUCACAGUCAAGUUUUAAUUUUUCUCAAGAUUCUUGGCUGAAGGAUUGGCCUUACAUGCCCGUGCGAGAUUUGGUCUUGCUGAAUCAUUCUGUAUUUACUUGUGAAUACACUCUUGACAUGUAAUAUUUUUCGGAGUCUGUUGGCAAAUCUCUUGUGGAUAGUAAAUUAUUGUUAGGAUUUUCUUUCCUUUCUGGGUUUCAUAUUCAAGCGAAUGAAAAUGGCUCCUGUCUUCCUUUCCAA